UUUGUUCAGCUCUUGCUGUAUAAAACUAUAACAAUUCGUUUGGUUUAAGUAACACCAUGGCACCAAAUAAUCAUUUUGCAACUCUAGGACUCAGUGUUGGAUCUGAUGAAAAUCAAAUAAAGAAAGCAUAUAGAACUCUUGCUAAAAAAUGGCAUCCUGAUAAAAACAGUGACCCUGGAGCUAAGGAAAAAUUUCAGGAGAUUGCAGCUUCGUAUGAGUUUCUAUCCAGCAAAGAUAGAAGAGAAAUUUUAGAAAGAGAUUUGAAACGUGCUGCAACACAAGAGUCAGCACAAGCACAACCUAAACAGACCCAGUUUACUAAAGCAGCUCCUAAAGAAACAACAAGUUCUUCGGCAACAAAAAGUAAAAAAAAAACCAAUGAGGCAUCUUGGUCAGAAACUUUUACCAAAAACUACAGAAGCCAACAAAAAGAAAAGAAAAAUCCAAGCUCAGGGACAUUUUCUUUUACUGAAAGUCCAAGUUCAAAUGGAUCAAGUUUUUUCAAUUUCGAUGAGCAGCCAAAGAGACCUCAAUACAAAGACAUUUAUGAUGAGCUGUUUGAUGAUUUCUUUAGUCCUAGGAAUUUUGGAGCAGGAUCAGAUGGUCUUGGAGAAAAGGGAAGGAAAGCUGGGCACAAAAAUGCCACACAGAGGAAGACUAAACACAACCCAGACAAUGUAGCACCUGAGAGAGGAACGCCUGUAGGGCUGGAUGAAGAGUAUUUCUUUUCACCCAGGUACAAAAAUCAGGAUGGCCAUGUUGAGAAGAUACCUUGCCCUUGGUGUAACCAGUUGUUUAACAGAGGAAAAUUGGCUGAGCAUGAAGAAAAAUGUGGAAAAUUUGGACUGAGUGCUGAUGAAGAUGACUCAGAUGAGGAUGAACCAAUCAAUGAUUUGGCAAUUUUCACAAUGUUUAGUCAGCCACAGUUCUAUAGCUCCAUGCCAACCUGGCAACAGCAACAGAGUCAACUUAGGCAGGAAAUUCAGAGAGAUAAACUGAGAUACAGAGAACAAAUGGCCUCACAAGAUACACAAAGUAGAGGUCUCAUUAAGUGCCCAUAUUGUGAACGCAAAUACAAUGAAUCUGUGGUUAGCUCACACAUACCAUGGUGCAAAGAAUACAUGAGUAAAUAUGGCAUACCAACGAACUUAAGAUCCUCACAUAAUGAUCUUCAUACAGACUUUAAUGACUUAGAGAAAGGGAAGGUGGGCAGAAGGCAUUCAGAUGUUAGCUUCAACAGAGAAAGAGCAAGGGAGUAUGCUAAGCAAAUCCCAAAACCAAAAGGAUUUAAAGAUCAUGAUUACACAGAAGAUACACAAGGUGAUACAGAAAAAUUUCCAUAUUCCAGGCCAAAAAUGACAAGUGGGUUAGGUGUAAAGGGACAGAAAUUAAAACCUGAAAGCAAAUAAAGGGAGACAAGACAUUUAAAAA